AACAUGAAUCACUAUGCUAACAAGAAGAGCGCGGCAGAGAGCAUGCUGGACGUAGCUCUGCUAAUGGCUAACGCCUCGCAGCUGAAGGCCGUGCUGGAGCAAGGGCCUCAAAACACACUGUACACGUCCCUGAUCACACUCAUCAGCCUGUCGCUCUGUCUGCAAGUGUUAGUGGGCAUCCUGCUCAUCUUCACAGUGAAGUGGAACCUGAAUGACGAGCAGAAACAUCUCAGGCUGAACAUCUUAGAGAACAUCACCACAGGCUGCAUCUUCAUCAUAGUGGUCAUCAAUGUCUUCAUCACUGCGUUUGGGGUCCAGCAGUCCAGUGCAGGCGUGUGA